UUGAACUUGACUUUGAAAGACGGACUGAAAGAUGUUGACGAAUCAAUCCAUCGUAUUAGGUCCGCUGUGAGAUAUGUGAGAUCGUCUAAUUCCAGAAUGCAAAGAUUUAAGACUUGUGCCCAUGAGGAGAAGUUAGAGACAAAGAAACUUGUGUGUUUAGACGUGGAGACUAGAUGGAAUUCCACUUUCUUGAUGCUGGAGUCCGCUUUGGUAUUUAAAAGAGCAUUUGAGAGGUUAGAGGAAGAAGAUCCUAAGUAUAAAGUUGAGCUAGAGAAGUUGAAAGGGACACCAAAUGAGUUGGAUUGGCAUUAUGUGGAAUCUCUAGUUCCUUUUCUGAAGAUCUUCUAUGAUGCCACAAUGAAAAUUUCAGGUUCUUUGUAUGUCACAAGCAAUGAUCUCUUUCAUGUCAUAUAUGGAAUUGCUUGUAUGCUUACAAAAGAAACUUCAUCAAAAAUCGAGAGUCACAAAAUCAUGGCAAGAAGAAUGAAAGCUAAGCAUGACAAGUAUUGGGGCACCUUUGAUGACAUCAAUCCCUUACUGUUUAUUGAUGUGGUUCUUGACCCGAGGUACAAGUUGGAGUAUGCCUGUUUUGUGCUUGAUGAGGUUUAUGGAAUAGAACAUGGGGGAAUUUGGACUAAAAAUGAGUUGUUUGAGAGUGUGAAUGGUGUUUUGGAGGAUAUGUUCAAGGACUAUUCUGAAAUGAGAGGGGUUACUAGUGGAAGCUCAUCAAGAAGUGCGGGGAGUAUAGCACCAAAUGAGAAUGAUGAAUCUGAAAGUGUGGAGGAUUAUUUGAAGAAAAAAUUCAAGAGAAAGAGAAUGGAAGAUAGGGUGAGGAGAAACUACACUUUCAGAGCUUGAGAGGUACUUAAAGGCGAAUCUUGAGGAUGAUGAGGACAAAACAUUUGACAUUUUAGCAUGGUGGAAGAAGCAUUCUGGUGAGUAUCCAAUACUGAGUUUGAUGGCAGAGAUGUGUUGGCGAUUCCAGUAUCAACUGUUGCAUCUGAGUCUGCUUUCAAUACCGGGGGGCGCGUUUUAGAUACAUUUCGGAGUUCUUUGACUCCCUUGGUUGUUGAAAGUUUGAUUUGUGAUCAAAAUUGGAUUCGAUCGAGUACUCUUCCAAUUGACAUGGAAGAGCAAUUUGAAGAAAUUGAGGAACUUGAA